CAAAUACAAAUACACGCAUGGCAUGUGCAAGGUGUCUUGUCAGUACCAUAUCUGCAUCGUUGUGCUGAAAGUUUGAAACAAUACUUAUUUAUCGAUUCUAAGCAAGAGUUGCCCCAGUGAUAAAAAGUCAGGUACGGCACAGUCUGCAUACACACAAUUCGCGGUAAACAUUCGACACUUGAAACCUGAGAGACCAAAAGACUAGUACCUUCAAGAUGUCAGCCGCACGCGCCCCAUUGGGAUUCCUAGCAGGAUCGGUUCAUUGUGGACUGAAGAAGAACAACGCCAAGGACUUGGCAGCAAUCCUGUCGCUUUAUCCAUGCACUGCUGCUGGAGUGUUUACCAAGAAUAAGUUCCGUGCCGCACCAGUGCUUGUUUGUGAAGCCAAUCUGAAAGACGCACCAUCUGCGAUUGGAGGGGUCCUCAUCAACAGUGGGUGUGCCAAUGCGUGCACCGGAGACCAAGGACUGAAAGACGCCCACGCCAUGGACCAGCUGUGCCGUGACAUUAGCAUUGGCGCCAACAGACAGAAGCCGUCACUUGUGCUGUCCACAGGUGUCAUUGGUCAGCCAUUGGAUCUGGCCAAGAUAGAGAAAGGAACUAAACAACUGGCCACAGUGGUAGCGGAAUCGGAAGACGGAUGGAACGACGCCGCCAUGGGGAUCAUGACCACCGACACAUACCAUAAAUUCAUGACCACAUCGCUCGCACUGGAAGGCCCUUACAAUACGGAAGUGCGAUUUGCCGGUAUCGCCAAAGGCGCCGGAAUGAUCCACCCAAAUAUGGCCACCAUGUUGGGUAUUGUUGCCACAGAUGCCAAUAUCUCCGCUGCGCUGUUGAAAAAGAUUUGUACCUAUGCCGCGGAUCGGUCCUUCAAUUGCAUAUCGGUGGAUGGCGACACAUCGACCAAUGACUCAUUCGUGAUUCUUGCAAACGGAGCUGCCUGUGAACAGCAAAUCGUAGCAGAAGAUGACCAGGCCUAUCUGGACAUUCGAGCAGGAGUAACUGGCAUUGCAAAGAAACUGGCGCGUGAACUAGUGCGGGAUGGAGAAGGCGCCACGAAGUUCGUCAGCAUCAUCGUCGAGGAGGCACGUCAUUAUGAAGAUGCGAGAAUCGCCGCUGUUGCCAUAGCGACAAGUAUGCUUGUCAAGACCGCCCUAUUCGGACAAGACGCCAACUGGGGUCGUAUAGUCUGUGCAUUGGGUUACAGCGGAGCCGAAUUCAACGGCGACAACGUAAAUCUACAUUUGAGCAGCCGAGAUGACAAUGGAGACACUGUAGACAGUCUGCAUCUGUUUAAGAAUGGCCAGCCAUUUGAGAUUGACGAAGAAAGAGCUGCCGAGAUUCUUAAACAUCGGGAGAUCGAUCUGAGACUCAAUGUGGGGGAGAAUGCCGAUACAGAAACCCUCACAUAUUGGACAACAGAUUUGACAUACGACUACAUCAAGAUAAAUGCAGACUAUAGGAGUUGAGUACCACUGAAAGAAAUAUAAACAGUAACGUAUCGAAACGAUAACUAUUAAAGAAGAAUUUAUGUAUCACA